UCACGUGGAUUUGGGUUCAGAGGAAGCCAGGCAGGGUGCAGACGGCUGUUGGUUCUGAGGCUGGGCAGGAAACCAAGGAGAGCCCCCGACAUGGACCUUCCAUCACCAAGCCAAGGUUCCCAAGCCCAGCCUGCGGCCCCCUCUCCACUGACUACCUACCGUUGGCACAUGGGGGCCGGUGGGGAGAAGGGGGCCGGAGGGUUCCGCUGGGGCCGCUUUGCAGGCUGGGGGAGAGCGCUGAGCCACCAGGAGCCCUCGGUCAGCAACCAGUCUGCUCCUCGCUCGCUGUUCCGUCGGGUCCUCUCGGCACCCCCCAAGGAAUCACGUACCAGUCGCCUCCGGCUCUCCAAGACCCUCUGGGGGAGACCUAAGAACCCACCGCUGGAGCCAGAGCCGGAGCCAGAGCCCCCAGAUCCAGAACCAGAGCCAGAGCCUCCUGCCCCGCAGAUCCCCGAGGCCCCCACACCCAAUGUGCCCGUCUGGGACAUCGGGGGCUUCACUCUGCUUGACGGGAAGCUGGUGCUGUUUGGGGGUGAGGAGGAGGGGGGUCCCCGCCGGUCCCGGGUAGGAAGUGCCAGCUCUGAGGGCAGUAUCCAAGCGGCCAUGGGAAAUCUCAAGGAUCCAGAUCGAAUCGCUGCAAAGAAUGAACCGGAGGCUGUUCACAACGUUCGGGGGCUGCUCAAGAGGCUGAAAGAGAAGAAGAAAAACAAAUCGGAAGUGGGAACUAAUGCCUCUCGGGAUGGACCCACCAGUGCUCUGGGUUCUCGGGAAUCGUUGGCCACACUCUCUGAGCUGGACCUGGGCGCCGAACGGGACGUGCGGGUCUGGCCACUGCACUCCAGCCUCCUGGGGGAACCCCACUGCUUCCAGGUGACGUGGGCAGGUGGAAGUCGCUGCUUCUCUUGUCGCUCGUCUGCUGAGAGAGACCGCUGGAUUGAGGACCUUCGUCGCCACUUCCAACCCAGCCAGGACAACGCGGAACGUGAAGAAACGUGGCUCAGCGUGUGGGUGCACGAGGCGAAGGGGCUGCCCCGGACUGCGGCGGGGACACCGGGCGUGCGCACCGAGUUGUGGCUGGACGGCGCGCUCCUGGCACGCACGGCGCCGCGGACUGGCCCAGGCCAGCUCUUUUGGGCUGAGCGUUUCCACUUUGAGGCGCUUCCACCAGCACGUCGCUUGUCGCUACGGCUGCGUGGCUCAGGCUCAGGCUCAGGGGGUGCAGCGCUGGGCCGCGUGGCGCUCACCUUAGAAGAGCUGAGCGUCCCCCGUGCACCCGCCCUGGCUGGCCUGGAGCGCUGGUUCCCGCUGCUUGGGGCGCCCGUGGGAGCGGCGCUCCGGGCGCGGAUCCGGGCGCGACGCCUGCGGGUGCUGCCGUCCGAGCGCUAUAAGGAGCUGGCGGAGUUCCUCACUUUUCACUAUGCGCGCCUCUGCGGAGCCCUCGAACCUGUACUGUCCGCGCAGGGCAAGGAGGAGCUGGCGGCCGCAAUGGUGCGCGUGCUGCGGGCCACUGGCCGGGCGCAGGCACUGGUGACAGAUCUCGGCACAGCGGAGCUGGCGCGCUGUGGAGGCCGGGAGGCGCUGCUGUUCCGAGAAAACACGCUGGCCACGAAGGCCAUUGACGAGUAUAUGAAGUUGGUGGCACACGAUUACCUACAAGAGACCUUGGGCCAAGUGGUGCUACAUCUCUGUGCCUCCACGGAGGACUGUGAGGUGGACCCCAGCAAGUGCCCGGCCCCAGAGCUGUCUGAACACCAGACCAGACUUCGAAACAGCUGCGAGGAGGUCUUCGAAGCCAUCGUCCACUCCUACGACUGGUUCCCGGCGGAGCUGGGCACCGUGUUCUCAGGCUGGAGAGAAGCAUGUAAGGCACGCGGCUCUGAGGCACUGGGGCCCCGGCUGGUGUGUGCUUCCCUCUUCCUGCGGCUCUUAUGUCCUGCCAGCCUGCCACCCAGCCUCUUUGGCCUUGCUCCAGAGCACCCGCCACCCGGCCCAGCUCGCACCCUCACGCUGAUCGCCAAAGUCAUCCAGAAUCUUGCCAACCGUGCCCCGUUUGGCGAGAAGGAGGCUUACAUGGGCUUCAUGAAUAACUUCCUGGAGGAUCAUGGACCAGCCAUGCAACAGUUCCUGAACCAGGUGGCCGUGGUAGAUGUGAAUGCAACGCCCAGUGGUUACCAGGGCAGUGGCGACCUGGCCCUCCAGUUGGCAGUUCUGCACGCCCAGCUCUGUACAAUCUUUGCUGAGCUUGACCAGGCAACUUGUGACAGCCUGGAACCGCUGCCCACCAUUCUGCGAGCCAUCGAGGAGGGCCGGCCUGUACCUGUGUCUGUGCCGAUGCGUCUUCCCCCACCCCCAGUUCAAGUCCACUCCAGUUUCUCUGCAGGGGAGAAGCCCGGGUUCCUGGCCCCUCGCGACCUCCCCAAGCACACUCCUCUCAUCUCCAAGAGCCAGUCCUUGCGCGGCGUUCAAGGCGCAGGGAGCUGGGGUCGGCCGCGGCUGGACGAAGAGCGGCCCCUGCGGCGGCCCCGACCAGUGCAGCGCACGCAGAGCGUCCCCGCGGGGCGUCCCACCCGCCGCCGCGCCUCCGCAGCCCGGCCUCGACCUAAAGGCUCCCUACGAACCGGCCCAGCGCCCCGCGACCGGCCCUGGAUCCGGGCCUCCACUUCACUGCCUCGGAAGCCGUCGGUGCCCUGGCAGCGCCAGCUGGAUCAGCCGCGGGACCGAGACCAGGCGGUGGGCACGCAUCGACCCGUGGGCAAGCUGGCAGAGCUGCACAGCGAGGUGGCCGCGCUGCGCGAGGAGCAGAGAGCACUGUCCCGUCUCGUGGAGUCACUGAACACCCACAUCCAGGCCUUGACAGAGCAGCAGGAGCAGCUGAGGGGUCAGCUGCAGGACCUAGACUCCAGGCUCCGUGCUGGGACCUCGGAGAGCCCCCUUCAGAGCGGUGAGGACCACAGGCUGAAAAGGCUGGAACACCGCCUGUCUGAGAUGGAGAGUACUCAGGCCCAGCUGAGAGAUGCUGUCCAGAACCUGCAGCUUCGUCCAAGAAUAUCGGGGUCCCAGAGCCAGCCCCUGCCCCUCAAAACACCCUGUGUCAAUGGAGACACCACUUGAGCUGCCCACUGCACCACCCACCCCAGAGGUCUGGGAGCAACACAACAGCCCUCUUGGGGGAGGGGGGCGGUGCUUGACUCUUUGUGGCCUGCAAUGGGGAGUGGACCAGCAGGUGCCAAUCACUCUGGUACUUUUACUAAUCAGAGAGCAACCUCCGGCUCCCAUCGGCUCUCCCAAACGCUCCCCCAGUUGGAGGUUUCACAGAGAGGGCAAUGUAAGCAGAUUCUCCCUAGCCGUGUGCCGUGGGCCUUCACGACCUGAGAACCCCCAUUUUCUCAUCGGUAAAAUGGAUCUAAAAUCUCUUACACAGUAGAGACUCAUGGGUAAAGGUAUUCAAUAAAGAAAAGUAUUUAUCAUUGUUAUGGAACA